UUCCCGCAUCUUGUCUUCUAUGGGGACCACGCCCACCUUCUCUCGAAUAUCUUCAUUCCUAAUCCUAUUAUAUAGGAAUAUCCUAAGUAUCCUGUAGAACAUUUUAUAAGAUUUUCCUUAUUCAAGUAUGAUGAAUCUGGACACGUAUUGACUUGAUAUUCUAACUGGUUCCCUCAAAAUCAGAGUGGGGAAACUAACUUGAGUACAUAAAAUGUUGAGGCAAAAAUCCAUUAUGAUAGUGCACAAUCAUUAAAAAGAAAAGCGGUACCAGAUUUCUUUUCUCCGAAAAUGCGCUGGUACUGCACAAAUAGUACUUCUUGCACUACACAAAAAAAGGAUUCUCAAUGACUGUAAAGAGAUAUGGUGUAUCAGUUUGACAUGAAUUGGUAGAGCUAGAUAUUCAAAAAUCAAAAGAGUUUGCCAGCCAUUUAAAAAGUUGCAGUUCCGGUCGCCAGAGAAAUGAACGGUGCUUGGAUGAUCGUAGAGAGAGAAGAAACGCUUGAUCAAUCAUCUACAGAGUAGGGUGCCAGUUUCUAGAAAGAGGAGCAGGGUUGGGCACCAAAAUGAAAAAACUUUGGCUCGGCAGGUAGCACACGUUGGUUGGUGCCACCGCCAGUAGCAGAAGCUAUUUGUGUCUUUACCAAGAUCGUAGUUGCUCCGUUACCAUGUCAAAAUAGAGCAAAAAUACUUCUCAUUGACCUUAUUAACAAUGUAUUAGAGGUGCUCCUUAUAGGAGUCUUAGCUAUGAUGGUAGUUAAUCGUUUUUAUCCUUAUAAGGUAAGUAAAUAUUCCUCUGCAAUUAAAUAGAGAAUAUGCUACAGUAGCCUUUAGAAUUUUCUAUAAGAUUUUCCUUACAAGUGUAAUGAAUCUUGACGUGUAUAAAUCUAGACACAUAUUCACUUGAUAUCUAACAUAACUGAUUUUAGCUUAACUGGAUAAUUGCCAAAAGUGCAGGAAUUUUCGGGAAUGUUGACAAGAAAGUAAUUCCUCGCGUUUCACCUUCGGAGAGAUAUCAAUCAACUGUUUUGGAGUUAUAUCUUCUUUCACGUUUCACAUUCCAAGCUAUAACACCCAGUACUUGGGCUCUUUCCUUUGUUAACAUGGCCAGAGAGGAAGGGGAAAGAGUUGUUUUGGAUGAGUAUACUUCACUAGGAGCUUUAACAUGGUUCUACAGUAAAACCCUAGGCUUAGUCAGGGUGUUAUCAAAAGUCAUCUCUUUGUUGCUUAAAGCGAUGAACUGAGGGAUCAUCGCUUUAUGGGUGAAGUAAUGCGCUUCAGAGAGGUUUGUGCUUCAACCAAUGACGCGCAAAGUGAUUUCAAUGAGAAGCGCUUGGAAACUGCCAAUGUGGUGGAUCUCUUAGAUUCUGCUGUUCUAUCUCGCCUAGUUGAUAUCAUGAGGACAUCAUCCCCAGAUUUGCAGAGGAAAUCUGCUUCAAUUCUUGAGUUUGCCGCAGUUAUUGAGCCAUGCACAGAAAAGAUACUGUCCGUUGACCUAGAAAGUGGGCUGGAUGGUGUUUUCCAGCAGAAAACUUUAAAUGAUGCAGAAUCUAAAAUAGAUCUGCAGAACCCAGAACUUCAUGCGCUUGAGGUUGAAGAGGCUGGUCAUGCGAUAUCUGCAGCAUCCCGGCUACUUACAAGACUGCUGGACUUUGAGCAGUUCUGUUGUAAAGUAAAUGCAUCUCAUUUCACAAAGUUACUGCAAAAGGUUCUCAAAUCAGACAUCCCUCUUUACCACAAAGACUGGGUUGCUGCCUGUCUUUUGAAGCUCCGCUAUCUCUCUGGUCCAUAUUUUGACUAUGAUAAUCCGAUCAACUUAGAGGUAACUCUUUAUGAGACGAUCCCAAGGCUGGUAGAACAGAUCAAGACUUCAUAUUCACCGGAAGUACAGGAGACUGCUGUUGUAGAACUCAACAGAAUAAUCGCUGAAGAGGUGGUGAAUUCCACCAGAGCCGUGGCUGCAGAGGGAGGGAUAUUUCCAUUGGUGAAGCUGCUCGAAAAUCAGAGUGAACGAGCUGUUGAAGCAUCUCUAGCAAUACUGUAUAAUUUGAGCAUGGACAGUGAGAAUCAUGCUGCGAUUAUAGCUGCAGGAGCUGUGCCAAUUUUGAGACGACUUGUACUAGCGCAACGGUCACAUUGGAUGCGAGCUCUGAGAUUGCUUAGGACAUUACCUACAUGAUGAAUUCAGCUAAAUUCUUUUAGAGGAUUACCAGUUGUAAUAUAAGAAUUUUGAGUUCAUCUUGUUAGUCAUAUAGCCUUCUUUAUACAAAACCCUCUAUUUAGUCUUCAAGCUGGUCUCUUCUGUGAAGAGAGAAUUUUGUGAGUUGAGCCAGUAACAGAUAUGUAAUGCUAACUGUGUGACCUUCAAAGAAUUGGUUUUAGUUCUA